GCUCUUAGGUGGUGUGGUGUGGUGUGAAACAGUGAGGUCUUAAAUGAGAGUAUCUUGGAGUGUGUGUGGUUAUUCAAAACUCACCUCCUCUUGUUCAUGCCUGAACCAAACGCCUCUAAUCCAAGGAAGCCAUGGUAUCAAAGAGCAAUGGAAAUAGUAGGAACCCAAUGGAGAACAACAUCUUCAAAAUCAAGAGAUCAAUACCCAAUUCCAUCACCAAAUGGAGCAUUGAAUUCCAACAACAACAAUAAACACAACAAAAUGAGAAAAUGCACUUCUCUCAAGAUAGCAACUUCCUUCACAAGAGUAUGUCUUUGUGCACCCAUCUCUUCUUACAAUGAAAUCUUCCAACAAGCUGACAUCCCACCAAGGAGAAGCCAUAGCUAUCCAAGAUCUAAGCCUUUUCCUACUACUAGUAAUAUCGUUCUUCCAACUCCUCGACUUAGCGGUGAAAAUAGUCGACGGGUUUUCCGGGGAAAGUCCCUCACCGACGACGUUUUGAUGCGGAGAUUCGUCGUGGAAGAAGAGGCUAUGAUGCAAGUUAGGAGAAGAAACCAAAUGGAUGUUAUAAGGAAGAGGAAUUUGAUGAGAAGGAAGAAGCUUGGUCCAAGCCCUCUUAGCAAAAUGGUUAUAGCUGAGGAAUAACAAUGACAUACGUGUAUUAUACUCGAUUCUUCGUGUUCGUUCUUUUUUGCAAAAUUAAUGACUCCUUUUGUGCUCGUUUAAUUUUGUGUUUAAUGAGUUAUUGUCAUUAAUUCGUUGAAUAC